AUGUUCAUCAAAAGGGCUCGGCCACGCCCUUCCGUUCGAACCCGCGAGACGGAAGAUGACGUGCCGACGACCUCAAGCGACGGCGAUGUGUCGGUCGGGGAGAGUGGGAGUGUGAUGGAGCGGAAAAAGGCAGCGCGCAAGAAGGUCCAGGGCCGGAGCAAGUUGAGCUUCGGUGGCGACGAGGAGACAUCAGAUUCUCCGGCGUUCAAACAGAAGAAGUCUCUUCUCUCGCAAGCCCUGAAGGCCAGCUCGUCUGUCACGCCGACUGGUGGGGAGUCGCAGUCGUACUCGCGAGAGUACCUCUCUGAGCUCAAGGCCGCUACACCGACGCGGGCACCGAAAGCGGAUGCAGAUGGUCUCUCCUCCGUUGCGCAGGAGAAGUAUGCCUCCCAAAUUGCAGCGGACACAACGGCCGGUAUUCCCGACCCUGCUGCUGUUGCAGCCGCGAAGAACAGACGGAAGGCGGCCCUCGAGGGACGAUCCAUGGAAGAAGAUUACAUUUCCCUUGGUCCCGAUCGCGGACCACAUCCUGAGUCCCGACUCAUGAGAGAAGAGGACGAAGGAGAGGAAGGCGACGAGGACUUUGCCUCUUAUACUGAGGCGAACGAUCGCCUGGCCAUCGGGCGUGAGGCGAACCGAACUGCCGCGCGAAGGUUGAAGGGAGAGAUCGGCGAGAUGAUAGCGGAGCGAGAGGAGGAGGAGAGUGAUGAGGAGACCAGGGAAUGGGAGCAAACACUUGUCGCCCGCGGUGGCCAGACGCUCGUGGAGAGCAAGGUCAAGAAGGAGGAGCCGAAGAAGAACUACCAGCCUACGCCUAUCCCUCGAUCUCGCCCCGUUCCGUCCGUUUCAGCUGCUGAGGCACGGAUAGCGGCUCAGAUGGCUGAGCUCGAGGUCGUCAAGACGGAAAGCGAGGCCGCUGUUGCGUCCGCCACAAAGGACCUCGUCAGUUUGGAGGAGCAGGAACGUGACAUCCGAAAACAAGUUACCGAGGUGGACGGCAAGCGAGAGUGGAUGGAAGGAUUCCAAGGAUGGGUCGAGACUCUGGGCGGGUUCCUCGAGGAAAAGGUUCCCCAACUUGACGAGGUCGAGGAGGACCAGUUCAAGUUCACGAAGGAGCGCGCGGCGCUCAUCUCGAAGCGGAGAGCAGCGGACGAUGGAGAUGACCUCGCCUUAUUCCUAGGCGCCCCAGGGAGUGCUACCUCUGCCGAGGAUGUGGAGGCUGCCCGCCCGAACUCGGAGAUCCGAAGAUCGCGGCGAAAAGACCGAAUCGAUCGGAGAGCUAGGCGUCUCGGCGUCCUGGCAGCGGCCGAAGACCCAGAAGAAGGUUUCAGCACCGACUCUGACCUUGAAGGGGAUGUCGCGGACGACUAUGAGGCAGCGCAAAACGAUCUUGACCGCCGUGUCCGCUCGCUCCUAGACGAUGUCAAGGCCGAGGACUUCCGAGAUCCCACGAAGGGACUGGCGGUCAGGUUUGCGGACUGGCGGGAACGGUAUCCUGAAGACUACAACGGCGCUUUUGGCGGUCUGGCUCUCGUACAAGCAUGGGAGUUCUGGGCGCGUGGAGAGAUGGUCGGAUGGGAACCGGUCAGGGCAUUGUUCAACUACUCCCGGCCACCUGUUGACCAAGAGGAUGACGACAUGGAUCUUGAGCCGGAGGUAGGCGAGGAGGGCGAUCUGACGGUGGAAAUGGUUCACAAGGCUGUCCUGCCAUGGCUUACGAAGGCCUUCCAGAACGGCGCCUAUGACCCAUACUCCGCUCGGCAGACAAGGCGUGCAGUGGACCUCGUCGAGUUCAUCGGCGACAUGUCCAACGGCACCAAGGAAUAUGACUCCCUCACCAAGACCAUUCUCGGCCUCUUCCAGGCGCAUGCUCUCGAGCUUGCUUCCGCGAUCGCGUCGGCUACAAUGCCCGGCUCUAUCCCUCCCCCGCCGUACAACCCGGCAGCGCGCAACGCAAUGCAGCGUUUUGUCCGACGUCGCGUGAAACUGCUACGCAACCUCCUUCUCUGGCGGCGGAUAUCGGCCGAGGAGGUGCAGGACCUGAUCAGCCGAUAUGUGAACCUGCUACGCGGUCCGCUGGUGAAGACAUGGGAAGGCGGCGGUGACGAGAUGGCGCAGAAGGUGAGCUCACAUGUCCGAGCUUAUAGCUGA